AUGUCCGCCGAAAGCCAACCAAUAAGCCCCAUAGCCUACGCGGAAGCCAUAACAGAGCUGCCCCUCGAAUCCCUGCACGCCGAAGCGGCAAAACUCCACAACGACAUCAACAAACUUCUCGAGUCCAACGCAGCCCUAGAAGCAGAAAAGGCCGUGGAGACAGAAGAAGGCGUCAAGUUUCUUGACGAGGUCAUUGUUGAGAACGAGGGCGUGGUGAAGAGCAAGGAAGAGCGCAUUGGAUUGUUGAAGGUUGAGGUUGAGAAGCGGGGGCAGGUGUGGAUUGAGCCUGGGAAGAAGGAUGAGGAGGUGCAAGCUCCGGUUGUGAAUGGGGCCGGUCAUGGUGCUGCUGAGCAAGAGAAUGCAGGUGGGCAAGAUGCUGAUGACGGGGUGUACCUCUGA